CUUCUUUUCUCCUUUGGUUGUUGAGUCGGUCCUGCCACACGAAGGCGAAAGCGAGCAUAAACACCCAGCCUAUUAGUACUUGCACUUGCCCAUUUGACAACCUGGCCGUGAGCAUUAAGCUUUAAUACGAUGAAGCCUUGUGCGUUUCCAGUGUUUCGGUUAGGCAGCCAUUUCAUUGUAAGGUAGCGUCCGUUGGAGCAAAGCCAUCCCAAGCAGGCUAUGCUGCUCGCUAACAGUGCCAUCCUAUGACAAAUGAACUCAGCCUUUAAAGAGGAAAUGCGCAGCGAGCAACAGCCCAUGACCAGUGGCGUGGCAAAUACGGCUGCACGCACAACCUCGACGCCCGCGCUCGCGCCAGGAUGCGUGUUCCAGAUGGCAAAGAUGACCAACGAGGAGCUCAUGGCGCUGGCUGAACGCCACAACGCGCAGUACGGCUUGACGGGCGACGUGCUUGCUCCGGUGUUCCACGGUGUCGUUGAAGCCGCCACGUUCCGCCCUCCGGCCGUACACCCCUUCACUAUUGGCGGAGCUCCCCGCAAGGACGAGUACCAAGCCGCGUGGAGGUCGUUGGCAAAACGGCUUGGUGCGUCACCGCAGGCAGCCGGCGAGGCUCCUGGGACCGCAAACACUGCCGGCGCUGCAGCUGUAGUUACCUCGACCCGCAUAUGCCGUCAGCACAGUAACACCGCAGCUGCUGCUGUACCAACAGCGGCAGCCGCAGCAGCCGCCAGCCCUCCAACAUUUGCACAAAUGUACGGAAGGCACGAAUUUCCCAAGCGCCAUGUGCAGUUUGUAGAGACGCUGACCUUAUGGCUUGGACGCGGACCCAUUGACCUGCCACUCUUAGUUCCCAACGCGCCACCGCUGUCGCUGCUGCGGCUGUUUAUGGAGGUGCAGGAGGCGGGUGGCAGCGGCAGCGCAGGCGCGGCUCACUUGCGCAGCAACGGCAGCGGCAGCGGCAAGCGUCGUGACACCAACGGCAGCAGCGGUGGCGCAGGCGACGCUAGCGGCGUCACUUCGGGCACUGGUGGUGCUGGUGGUUCAGUGUCGUGGCCGGCGCUUGCUGCAAAGCUGCAGAAUGACUCAGGACUUGCGGACGUGUUAAAACAGGUGUACGACGCCUGCUUGCUUCCCCUGGAGCUGCGGUUGCCGGUCGGCAUCCGUCCUGCCCGGGCGGUGGGGUGGAUGCAGGAGGACCUGCGGCACCGCAACGCGCUUGCAGCGGAGGGCCUGGUCGCCACAGCCGAUCAGGUGGCGGCGCGGCGAGCCGCCGCCUAUGCCGGCCUCCUGUCGUACGAACGCCUUGUAACGCAACCGCAGCCGCUGCCAUGUGCAAACUCCACAGCACCCAAGCUGGCUGCGACCUCGGCUCCUGCUGCUGCGGCGGCGGCGGCGGCGGCGGUGGAUGGAAGCGCGGCGAUGGGUCCUAGGAGGCCCUCAACCGACGGAGGUGCCGUCGCCGCCGCUGGAGCGCCCUCUGUAACACAGCCCGCGCUGGCGCCGCCGCCGCUAGCGGUCGAUGUGCUGCGUGCGCUACGGGCAGCGGCAGCCUCCCCAGCCGGCUUGCUGCCGGGAGGCAUCAUUCCCGCGGACAGGGCCGGCGGCGGCAAGCGGCCUCGCUCCACUUCUCGCGGUCGCGGGCGGGGGCGAGGCGGCGGCGGCGGCCGGAAGCGUUCCCGCGGCGCGGCGGGUGCCAGCCGUGAGGAUGCGGAGGGAGGAGGAGCAGCAGAGGGGGAAGAUGGCGGCGCUGCGGCGACCGCUGCGUCGGGUGCGGGUGGCGCGGUCAGCGGUACGGCACCUGGAGGAUCCGGAGCUCCCAGCGACGAUGUUUUGUUGGUCUCGGAGCUGACCGAUCCAAAGGCUGCUGCGCUGCUGACCAUGGUGGCUUCGCUGCGGGAGCUGCGGUCGGGGCCGCCGGGCUUCUCCUGCCAGCCCCCCGACCUCCGAGCACACUUCAUGGCCCGGUGGGAGGAGGAGCGCGGGACCCGUGCAGCAGCUGCAGCGGCGGCGGCAGCACCAGCAACAGUCACGGCGGUGGCGGUGGCGGCCGCGCCCUCUGCUUUUGCCGCAGCGGCGGCAGCAGCAUCCAUAGCUUCCGCAUCGGAACUGAGCGGUCUGAAGAGCGAGCCCGCUGGGGCGACGGGUGUUGGGGUGGGCGGUGGACGCACUGCCGAGGGACGAGUCAGGGCGGAGGAGGCCGGGAAGGGGAAGGAGCCCCGAGGCCAAAUGCGGUUGAUCGAGCCAGCUGGAAAACGCCAACGUGAGGAGUCCUCUUGCUCUCCAUCUCCACCCCCGCAACAGCAAGUAUUGACACAAAACCCCCAGGCCCUGGACGAUAAGGAAAGCCUUCAGUUGGGGUCAUCUUCGCAGCCUAACCACCAACCGCCCUCUUCCAGCAGCCAACCGUUGCCAUCGACAGCGGCAACCGCUAGCGCCGCUCUCGGACUGCUGCCUCCACCGCCUCCGCCACUCCAGCGGCGGGCAUCUCUACCGCAGCACUUCCACUUGCACCAACGAGCCAGUCAACUACCGCCGCCGCCGCCAGUGCCGCCAGCGGGCCAGCAGCACCUGCAACUUGUACGGCGGCAAUCCGCACCACAUGGCUUAAAACCUCAACCCCCAGGCGGCGGCAGCAGUGGUGGCGGCGGCGGUGGUGGCGGUCCUUAAGGUGGGCUGUACGGCAGCUCCUUGGAGUCGUACAUUGACGGUAGCGGUGCUGGGCAGGGCUCCAACCCCUCCACUCGGAGCCACUGAGGGGGGCAUCGGCGCCGCCGCCUGGACAUGGAUCCCUGGGUUAGGGGUUCUUAAGGCCGCAACACAGAGACACGGUUUGAACUGCGUGGCAAUUUGGACUUAUGGGGGUGGGAAACGUGACCUUAUGGACACUUGCGCUGGCGGCGGCAGCAGUGGUUCAGCAGGUGAUGGCUGAAGGUGAUGGGCAGUUGUGAAGGGUCCUUCAGGCAUCGGGCAGCGUCCGGAGCUGGGUGAGGACUUGUUGUGGGCGGGUUUCUGAGUGGGGGGUCGUUAGCCGUAGCCGGUUGCAACAUAUUUAUUUUUUUGCUGUUGGUGUUGCAUCCCCCUGAUCGUAGCAUAGCAGCGAGACUGCCUGGACUACCGGUACGUCAGCUGUGCUGUUGUGUAGGGUACCUGUGUUGCCAUUGUACAGCUUUGUAAGCAGGGCGGUCAUGCGUACUUCUGACUGGGUCUUAAGACGCCGAUGCGCCUUUAAGAGGAACAUUGUUGGUUCACUAAUGGUCACAAUUUGACCGAAACACAGUGCAGUCGUAUUGCCGGUGUAGGGGUGUGUGAAAAAGUUGGGAACAGGCAGGCACACUAUUUACACACCCCUGAUGACCGCCUCUACGAAUGCUUAACCAAAAUAUUAUUUCAUGCACUUCGAAUUCCCCCUGGAUGACGGAAGAAACACCUCAAGCGUUGACAUCAUUGAAGAAACCCCCGCCUGUCGUCCAACCUGGAGUUUUACGUGCAGGGAGGGCGCACCUUGCUAUAGUGCAGCCCACGACUUGAGCUAGCCAAUGGAUCUAUACCAUUAUACCGCUGAAUCGUGCGAGCAAGCAGCGGACGAGCGCACCGUCGUCCUACACGGCUGACCCAUGGGUCCGUUCCUACCUGGGCUGCGGAGGGGCGCCGUAUUGGUGUGGGGUGUUCACCAGAGGCACAUGUCCUUGGAUGGACGGUUUGGCGGCUGGAUCGAGGAUGCCGUGUCUGGGCAUGGUUUGACUAACACGAAUUGGCAUGCAUGGCCGGUCGUGUAGAGCGCGUAACUGAGCCACAUCCUCGUUUGGGCUUGGAGGUUUGGAGUUUUUAUACACGCUUGCUGGGGUGCAGGCUGCGGAGGAUGAAAUGUUUGCUCGGCCACGUAACGGAACAAGUGCAGUGCAGGAAUGGACGCGUAGCAUUCCAGGAGCCUUCACUUUUUGGAAUUGAAGAUCCAGGAGCUUCAACGUUUUUGCAAUUUAAUGAUCCUAGGCCUCAUACACACCUUUGCCAAGCACCGACCACGUGCUUUCUCACGCGCACUCCAAAAGAAUACAAGUGC